UAAACUUUUUAGAGGUCGCAUGUGCAUGCAUUCUCUUAUUUUAAAUUUUUUUAAUAAAAAUGAGCUUUAAAAAGUUGUCAGAGUUACAGUUAGCAGAGUAUUUGUUAUCAAAAAGAAUAUCUAUAGAUGCUACAGAAAAGCUUAAAAAUGAAGAAAUUGACGGGACAGCUUUUUUGGAGUUGAACGCAUUAUUGCUGCAUGCAAUGGGCAUCAAAAUGGGCCAGGCCAUUAAAAUUCAAGCCAUAAUUGAGGGAAAAAAGGUGAAAAAUAUAAUUGUAAUAAAAUAUGGAGCUCAGAAAAUAUUAUUUAUUUUUUAUUAAAAAUAUAUUUUUAGUUAAAUAUAAAUUAUGAUGAUUAAAUUAAUGCAUUAGUGUAACAUUAUUUUUAUAUUUUACAUGAUAUUUUUCAGGGAUUUUUACGACUGAGUUGUUACUUGUGCACAAAAAAAUUUCAAUCCACUAAUGAUUAUACUUAUCAUUUAAGAAACACGCACCUGUUGUUUGAACCUUGUUUUUUACGAUGCAAUGCUGAUGGUUGCAUGCGCACAUUCACACUUUAUAAAGUGUUAUGUAAACAUUAAAAAAACUCAUAUGUGUCAUAAUAAUUUGAAAGAAGUUGAUAAACAUUCAGAUAUUACUGUCCAAAAUACAGAAAAUGAAUACUUAGCUGAAGAUUACAAUGAGGUUUUAUAUUCUGAAAGUUUAACAAAAGAAAGUGUAGCAAAAGAAAGUGUUUUUAUUGCACCUAUUGUAGACGAGUAUGGUGUUUCACACGCAGCAUUAAAAUUUUUGAUGUCUCUGCAAUCUUCUAGUUCCAUUUCUCUAAGCGUAUCUCAGUUCAUAAUGGAUAGUUUAAAUGAGUUGUUAAAGGAUAUUAUUAAUUAUCUGCUUGCCAAGACAGACGUUGUGUUAAAAACAUACAGAUGUGAUGCCGUAACAUUUAAUACUCUUUCAGAAGAAUUUAACAACUGGAAAAAUCUUUUUAAAGGCAUUGAUACUCAUUAUAAAAUGUUGAAUUAUCUUAAAGUAAAAGGUCUCUAUGUUGAACCUGAAGCACAUUCAAUAGGAGAUCGGUGGGAUGUUAAGCGAGACAGAUCAACAAAGCAACAAAUGCAGGUGUGUGUAAAAAAUAAAUUUUACCUUAUACCAAUUGAGAAAACUUUGAAAUUGGUUUUGCGACAACCUGAGACUUGGAAAAUUUUAAAAAGAAACAAUGAGUCAGCAAAUGAUAUAGCAGAAGAUUGGUUAGACGGUAAGCAUGGGAGACAGCUAAAAACAUAUGCCAAACAUUAUUUUUCUAACAGCAUUCAUGUAUUUAUUCAGAUUUAUUUUGAUGAGGUAGAGACAACAAAUCCGCUUGGAUCCAAAACUGGAAUACAUAAGUUAGGUGCAUUUUAUUUCACAAUAAAAAACUUUCCACCAGCUGCAAAUUCUGCAUUAAGCAAUAUUCAUUUGUUGGCCUUGGCACAUUCGGAAGACAUUAAACGGUACACCACUGAUCCUGUUAUGGAAGUUAUUGUUCAGCAAUUAAAAGACUUACAUGAUGAGGGCUUUACUGUUUUUUGUGAUGGAAAAGAGAUAAAUUUUCGUUGUUUUUUAACACAAGUUGUUGGUGAUAAUUUAGGGCUACAUGCAAUUCUUGGAUACAUGGAAAAUUUUAGCAGUGCUUCAUUUGCUUGUGACUUGUGUAUGGCAACUCAGGAUGAGAUGCAAAAAGUAUUUUGUGAAUAUUCUCUUACAAUGAGGACACAACAAUCAUAUGAGCAACAUAUUGAGCAGCUUAAUAAUGGUACCAUUUCAUCUAAAGAGUGUGGCAUAAAGCGUCCCUCAACUUUAAAAAGUUUGAACUAUUACCAUCCUGCUUGUAAUGACUCAGCCGAUAUAAUGCAUGAUUUGUUUGAAGGUGUAAUUCCGUUUGAAGUCAAGUUAUUUUUGCGCCACAUAAUUUAUGACUUGAAGCUUAUUAAUCUCCAUGGGCUUAAUUGUCGUAUUAAUACAAUGGAUUAUGGUCUGGUUAGUAACUCAAAGCCAAGUUUUAUAAGUGAGUCACAUUUAAAAAGUCACAGCUCAUUGCUUGGACAAAGGUCAGCUCAGAUGCUGAUUUUGUUUUUAGAUUUACCAUGUAUUUUAGCUGAUGUUAUUGACAAAGUAGAUAAUUUAAAAUGGCGUUUGUACCAAUUGCUAAAACAGCUGACAGAAAUUAUUUUAUUGCCAAACUCUGUACUGUCGCAUGUCUUGUACUUAAAAGAUCUUGUAUCAGAGCAUCAUGAGUUAUUUAAAAUAUGUUAUCCUGAUAAAAGACUUUUAUACAAACAUCACAGAAUGGUUCACUAUGGUACUAUAAUAGAGAAUAGCGGACCACUUUUACAUAUGAUGAAAAACGAUAGUGUAUUAAAAGACGUAACAUGCUUAAAAAAUACAACAGCUAUAGCUUUCAGUUUAACUGAAACUUUAAACAGCCCCCUUGAUGAGUCAGCUGUGUCACCAACAUUAUCAUCGACACUUCAACUUUCACCUGACGUUUUAAACGAGUCAAGAAAAAUUAAGUUAAAGGUUGCUUUAAGAUUAGAUAACAUUGACUUUAACAUACGUAGUUUGCUUGAUGAGCAUCAAACAGGUAAGCUUGUUUUGGCAGAAUAUGAUUCUACAGGUGCACUUAUUAAAAGGCGUCAAGAUAUGAUCCACAUUGUUGUUAACUCAAUGGUCCAUAGAGUUGGAAAUAUGUAUCCUUCUACAAAAACCAAAUCUAAUCUUGCAAAAGCAAUUAUCACUGCCUUUCCAAAGCUGCAUUCUGGUGGAAAACUUGGAUAUGAAAACUAUUAUAGUCUAUAUACAGAAUUUGUAAUGAGUAAUAAGAAAAAGAAGGUCACUCCUCAUGGCCACAUAGAAGAGAGACUGAAAACUAUGCGUAAACAUGUUGGUGUUCAUUUUCAAGCUCGUCGAAAGAGAGUUAUUGUUUUAGCAGAAGAGUUCCACUCAUCAGGCAUCAACUCCGAUGGAAAUUGUGCUUCAAAGUCUUACUCACUAGCAUCAGUUAGUCAUAGCUUUGGGUACUCAUUGCAGUGUCGGUCAAUUAUUUAUUGUUACAGAGUGUCGAGCUAUUCCUGUCAACAGAUGUAUAUCUUAUGCUGUUGACAUCUUAAUUAAACUUUAUUUUUUAAUGAACAUGGAGUAUGCGGAACAAUGUAGCCACAUAUUGUACUUUUUGCAGCAUACCGUGUUAGGUUACCAAGAUGAAAUGCAUCUAUCGAGAGGAGCGAGUGACUUGUCCCUUUACCUUAGACAAAAACUUAAUCAAUUUUAAACGCAGAAACAAUUAUAUUUUGGUUAUUAUUUGCUAUAUGCAUUGUUAUUGCUAUAUUGCUUAAAUUUGUAUAAAUUAUACUUUUAAAUAUAUUGACUUUCUGAAAAUAAAA